UUACGAAAAAUUCUAGUGAAGAGAAAUUUAAAAAGAUUAAGGAAAGAAAAGCGAGGUAUUUCGCCUUUCCAAGUGCAAAUUCAAGUUGGGCGUGCAUGUGUAUAAUAUCGCAACGGAUAAGUGCGCUGCUGAAUAAAAACCAAUUGCAGCAAUUACUUGAGCUACAAAAAUAACUACAAACUUUUUCAUUGCUACACCGCUUUUAUUAUAUAUUUACGCUACGAAAUCUUUUUACUUGCGAAUUAAAAAGACUUGUGGAAUUCAGGUCAUACGAUCAGAAAAAGCAAGUUGUCGAUAGCGUGGAAAGUAAGAAAGUGGAAAACGUGGAGGAAACUAACCGCCAAAGCAAAAGAAACAUUGUAUCAGCGGUUAGAAAAUCGAGAAAUAAGCAGCAAAUAGAAUAAGUGACAACUGCACCAUACAACGUCGUUGACAAUUGGAAGAGCGGAGCGGACAAGGUAGUCAGUGGUGUACUCUUGGCGAGUAUCAGUAUCGACAUUCAACAUUCGGUAAAGAGUGAAAACAAAUUGCGAGCUGUAAGUGACGCGCAGAAAUCGGACAGCAGCGUUUGGGAUCAGUAAUAGCCAUUUACUGGUGGCAAAUUUUGCCUUUUUUACUGUUCAUUGUUGUAGUCAAUUUGUUUACGGCUCACACUUCGCAUAGAUGUAUAAUUGCUUAAUACAGCGUGAUUUAAAGCAAAUUAUUACUAAGUUUUUCUACUGUUGCAGUGAACUGCAUUUGAUUUAAUACCUUUUGGGCGAUAUACUACUACAUUUGCUACAGCCACAACCACGACCGCUAUGAAUAUGGAUGACUACGAAUCAUUACCUACAACCAGUGUGAGCAUUAAUAUGACAGCCGGAGCGAUUGCUGGCGUAUUGGAGCAUUGUGUUAUGUAUCCAUUGGAUUCGGUUAAGACAAGAAUGCAAAGUUUAUCGCCAGUCACUUCCAAUUAUGACAUCAGCACAACCUUUAAGAAUAUGAUCAAAAAAGAGGGUAUUAUGAGACCCAUUCGUGGUGUCUCUGCUGUAGUUGCUGGCGCUGGACCUGCACAUGCUCUGUAUUUUGGUUCCUACGAAAUGGCAAAAGAACUUCUGACUAGGGUCACUACCAACAAUCAUGUCAAUUAUAUGGCCUCCGGUGCUGUUGCGACACUCAUACACGAUGCCGUAUCGAAUCCAACGGAUGUGAUAAAACAACGCAUGCAAAUGUACAACUCCAAGUACAAUUCAGUUAUUGGCUGUAUGAAGGAUGUCUAUCGUAAUGAGGGCAUUAAAGCAUUCUACAGAUCGUACUCCACACAGCUAGUGAUGAAUAUACCAUAUCAGACAAUACAUUUUGCUACAUAUGAAUUUUUCCAAAAUAUGUUGAAUCACGAGCGAAGAUAUAAUCCUGUCGUUCAUAUGGUUGCCGGUGGUGCUGCUGGUGCUACUGCUGCUGCCUUCACAACACCACUGGAUGUUGUUAAAACUUUGUUAAACACACAGGAGAAUGGUUUGACGAAAGGCAUGGGCGAAGCAAUACAUCAGAUUUACGCAGUCGCAGGCGUAAAAGGCUUCUUCCGUGGUAUGUUGGCGCGUGUGUUAUACUCUAUGCCAGCAACAGCAAUUUGCUGGUCAACAUAUGAAUUUUUCAAAUUUUAUCUGGCCGGCUCCAAUCACAGCACAUACAAGUCAUCGAUAACGGGUAAAAACGCGUUGCAACGAAGAGAAGAAAGCACCGUAGAAUCUGCAGAAAAAACAGCAUAUGUGUUGCCAGUGACAACGACCGAGGCCGAAGACAAUGAACACAGAGCGAUUCCAAGUACAACAACAAACAGUGCGACGUCAACAGGCAGCGGAGGCAGUAUGUCUAGUGGUUCGACGCCCGGUAGCGCUACAGCGAUCAAAAGCGUUUGUGAACUGCCCAGUAAUGUGACAACAUCAGCAUUAAAUUUACACACGAGACACACGGAUGUGAAGAGCACGCGACCAUUUGAACGAGGAUACUCGAGUCCGUAAUUCUAAGCGUUAUUGCACAGAAACAGAGCGAACGUUGGAGAGAGGGGAGCGUAAACAAAACAAAAAUGAAGAAGUAUAAAAAAAUAUAUAUUGUAAUAUACAAAAGACCAAACAAAAAUCUGCAGUAAAAUGACGAGCGCCCAGAUGCCAGCUAUGCGCGUUCAUAUAUUUCAACAUAAUUGCGUUUGACGAUGCUGGUGUGUGUAUAUAGUACUUAUAUGUAUUUGUAUUUUUGGCGUGUUUGUUGUGAGAUGGCCGGCGAGGAUAGUUGUGGGUGUAUUAUGAAACAGCGUCGACGUGGACCGUCACACUGUGCCACACCUCAAACUCAUUUUUCCUCCCAUUCGAGAAGAUAAGCAAGUGGUGCCCCAGUGAAGGAACUAAAAUUAAAUGGCGAGAAUUCGUUUCGCGGUGAUGAAUGUGAUACAUGUUGUUUUUUGUUUUCUUUAUGGUAUUUUUAAACCCAUCACCUGCCUUUUAAGCAUUCUUCAAAGAGAUAGAAGCUCAGUGAACAAAAGCAAAAGAGAGAAUACAAUAAAUAAAUAUACGAAUAUAAGUAAAAAUAAACGCUGUAAACAAACAAAAAAAAAAACUAUUGUAAAAUAACUCAUAGGAACGUAGCAGUGCUAAAAACCUUUGGCUUUAAUUGUUUGUGGGCACGUAAUCGAACUUUUCGCCGAACUCAGAUGUUGUUGAUGUAACACUUCUAGUAUUAAAUUUAUAUAUUGCAUGUUUCCUUUGCCUUCACCACCUCUGCUCAUCGGCAUUUUCUUACACGGCACGACAUGACACGCCAUCCCCCUCUCUCCCUACCGCCCCAUCUCAAGGCGGUGUGAAUAUUCAUGUUUGUAAAAUAAAAUUUAAAAGCAAAAAAAAAAGUAUCAAUUUGGAAAUGAAAUCAAUUUGGAAAAUUAUUCUAUGUGUUUCCUAUACACAAUAAAGUCUUUGCAAAAGAGCAUCAACGUGUAAUCUAAUUACAAUACACUACAAAAAAACAAAACUUAGUUUAGAAUAUCAAAAGAAAUCACAAAGGAAAAAACAAAAAAUGCAGCCAUGCAUAGUUGUAGAUUUAAAAAUUCUCGUUAGUGUAAAUUUUGAAUUUCAAAGAAAUUCAAAAAUAACCGGAUUAAAAGUAAGCAAAUUGAUUGGCAGAGUAUUUAGCAGUGAAGCGAUCGCAAGCAAGCUAA